CCCAGCAUUCUCUCUGUAAAUCAAACAGUGAAGUCCAGUUCUACCACGAGGGUAGACCACGAAGUAUACCAAGUGCAAAUCAGACAAACUCAGGUGUUCUCCGCUUAUCGCCAUAUCGAUAAGGCCGAUAAGGCACCCUCACCCACGCCCUUUGGUGCUGACCGCCUGUUUUUAGUUCGCCCGCGAAAAAAGACCCUCCCCCUCCUCGACUUGGUCUCCGAAUUCCCUCCUUGACCUUUAUUUUACUUUAUUACGCUAGAAUCCGGUCUCUCUAUGUCGUACCUCCAAUCCCGGAUGUAGGGCGACUUCGCGCCACGCCCCGCGAUGUCUCCCAAACAAAGGAAGAAAGCUCCCCGCGUGAAAAAGCAAACAUCUUCUGCCUCUGAUUCCUCUUCCGUGACGUCCCCCGUAAUAGCAACAACCAAUUACCGUGAAAUACACCUCAACGAGGUCGAGGCCCUCCGUUCAAUUUAUGGCGAUGAUUAUGAAGAGAUCGAGAAUCGACGAUCAGCAUGGCAGCAAUCCUCGAACGUAACUUUUAAGCUCCACCUCCGAGCCUCCUCAAAUCCAGACGUGUAUCUUGUGCUUCUCGUCGAGCUACCGGCCACAUACCCAAAAACCGUCCCAAAUUUAUCGCUGCAGAAACUCGAUGACCUUCGCGAAAAUGCCCGCUCUCGCAUUCAGAAGAUUAUUUGGGAGAAACCGAAGACCCUUCUCGGCAGUGAAAUGAUCUAUGAGCUAGCCGUCUCUAUUCAAGACGUUUUGGAAGAUGUCGCUCAAGCUCGAGAACAGGAUAAAGAUCUACCUAGCCUGGAGGAAGAGCGCAUGGAACAAAAGGCUGCUGAAAUCCACCGCGCAGAACUCGAAAAGCAAGAAGAAUUGCGGAAACAAGAGGCCGCGCAUGUGGAAGAAGCGCGUGCGCUGCAAUUGAUGCUUGAGGACAGAGCUCGACAGCGAAACAAAGCUCAGAUCCUGCGGCGCAAGAGUCGGACCGGUGGAGUCGAUUCGAAUGAUGUUGAAGACCUUGUGGAGAAUACCCCGGGCGCAAUCUCCUUCGACCCGCCUAUCUCGGUCAAUGACACUAAUGAACAACCGUUGUUAUGCCGUGCUGUUCAUGGCAAGACUUUACUGCAAUCCAAGCAGGGCAAGAAAACGUUCACCGUCAGACCCGUCGUGUCUGAGGGUAGGUGCCACGUGCCUCUUCUCGUUCUGAAAGAGAUCCUCGUCAAUGAGAAAGGUUCCGACACACUCACAUUUCGAGAGCAGAUGCGGUCCAGUGAGGAUAGAUUGGAGGGUUUAAAACGACUUCGACAUCCGAAUCUGGUUGAUUUUGUGGGCUUCAAGAUCAUUCGCCCUCUCGGUCACUUUGACUCGCCCGAUAAUGCCUGGACUGUACUUGCUCUUCUGGAAUAUGCAAACAAGGGUUCACUUUCGGAACUUCUUGACAUUGUUGGGACCGUCGCUGUUGAAGCUCUUCGGGGCUGGAUGAUACAACUGCUCGAGGCGUUGGAAUUUUACCAUCGGAGCGGAUUCGUGCAUGGAAAUAUCCACUGUGGUCGAAUUAUGUUAUGCAGGAACCCUUCUGGCGGGACCGUCGUUAAGCUCGAAGCCAGCGUUGAAGAGGCUCUCCCAGAUUCUCCUGGCGGAAAGCGGUCUCUCACUACAUCCAAGUCCCCGUUGUGGUUGCCUCCAGAGUUGACACACGAGGGUGCCGCCCCGACCAUGAAGACUGAUGUCUGGGACCUUGGCAUCAUCCUGUUACAGAUGGCUUUUGGAAAAGAUGUCCUUCUGCGGUAUACCUCGGCCAAUCAAUUGAUGAUCUCUCUGGGCCUUUCCCCUCCGCUGCAAGAUCUGCUUCGAGAAUUCUUCCGACCCGACCCCAGGAAGCGUCCGACCGCCUUUCAACUACAGCCUUCGGAGUUUUUCCGAGUUGACGCGCCUUUGACGAUGGGCGAUCGGUCCUCGAUUUCAGUAUCAUUGCAGCGACGGCCGCGACUCGACUCCUUCGGGGCCAUGCCGGCCUUCUCUCGAUAUCAUCAAGACUUUGAUGAGGCUGGUCACUUGGGUCGUGGCGGAUUUGGGCAAGUUGUCAAAGCCAGGAACAAAUUGGACGGCCGUUUCUAUGCCGUCAAGAAGAUUUCUCAGACUUCUGCAGCUGCACUGAAGGAUACACUCUCUGAAAUCAUGCUUCUAUCGCGGCUGAAUCAUCCUUACGUCGUGCGGUACUAUACUGCAUGGCUGGAAGAAGACUUUAACCACAUCGAAGAGGAAGCCAUUUCGUCUACCGAGGGUGACCCAUUCGCCAGUCAAGACCACCGUGGAUUCAGCACUGGUGGGCUGGACUUCAUCAGCUCUAGCGGGUAUCCAAAGAUCGAAUUCGCCGCUUCAGACAGCGAAGACGAAAACGAGGGAACAAUCUCGGAUAGAGCAAAUCAUGAUACCCCCGAGACCUUUGGAACUGGCACUGGCACCGAACACAGCGGUGAACUCAGCCACGCACGGUCUGGCUCAUACGGUCGACCUAUCCUGACCACCCUGUACAUUCAGAUGGAGUAUUGCGAGAAACAUACUUUGCGUGAUCUGAUCAAAAACGGACUGUACGAUGAUAUAGAUCGCUCUUGGCGCCUUUUCCGACAGAUUCUCGAUGGCCUGAGCCAUAUUCACAGCCAUGGCAUUAUUCACAGGGACUUGAAGCCCGAUAAUAUCUUCAUUGAUGUCGCUAACAACCCUCGCAUCGGAGACUUUGGUCUUGCUACCAGCGGCCAGUUUAUGACUGCUGUACGCUCGUCCGCAGCAGCAGACUUUGAGGGUGACUUCACUCGCAGUCUGGGCACGACCUACUAUGUUGCUCCUGAAAUGAAGUCAGGAUUAUCAGUGCACUACAACGAGAAAGUCGAUAUGUUCUCCCUCGGCGUGAUCUUCUUCGAGAUGUGCCAUCCAUUAUCGACUGGUAUGGAGCGCGAUCAAACCCUCAGGGCGAUCAGAGAAAAGUAUCAUACUCUGCCAUCUACAUUCCGACAGUCCGAAAAGGCCGUUCAAGGGCAGAUCAUCGAAUCCCUAUUGAGCCAUAAUCCGGCUGAGCGUCCCACGGCUUCGGAGCUCCUUUCGAGUGGUCGCAUCCCUCUGCAAGUCGAAGAGGAGACAUUCAGACGGGCUAUUGUCCAUUUGUUGUCCGAUCCAGAUUCUCCAGACUACAAGAAGAUCCUAUCUGCGAUAUUCUCACAGUCUCCAAAGAAAUUCGAGGAUAUUGCGUGGGAUAUGGAAUCGCAAACAACGCCAGCAGCCAACGAGCUUCUCGUCCAGGGACUUGUCAAGAAGCGCCUGACUUCUAUUUUCCGCAGACACGGCGCUGUAGAGUCGCCAAGACAAAUGUUGUUUCCACGGUCUCAGCACUAUUCUUCUGGCGCCGUGCGCUUGUUGGAUGCUUCUGGCAAUCUGUUGCAGUUGCCUUUUGAUCUGACGGUCCCCAAUGCACGAGCAAUUCCUCGGCAGGACCCUUCCCUGGAGAAGACAUUUGCCUUUGGAACAGUUUACCGAGAGUCUACUCACGGUAGUGAGCCUCGGACUCAUCGAGAAGUUGACUUUGAUAUUGUCUCCUACAACACCCUGGACCUGGCGUUGAAGGAAGCAGAAGUGAUCAAAGUCCUGGACGAGAUUAUUGACGAGUUCCCACCCCUUCGGUCUGCAAAAAUGUGUUUCCUGGUCAAUCAUUCCGAUCUCCUGCAGCUCGUCAUGGAGUUCUGCCGUAUCACUCCUUCACAAAUACCAUUAGUGAAAGAUGUCAUCAGCAAGCUGAAUGUCGGGAAGUGGACUAUGCAAAAGAUCCGAAGCGAGCUCCGGUCUCCGUCGAUCGGAGUCGCGUCGACCUCAUUGGAUGAUCUUGCACGGUUCGACUUUAGAGACUCUCUAAAAGAGACCCGUCGCAGGCUGCAAACCAUCAUGGAGGGCACCGAGUUCGCCGAGCGAAUUCCCCCCAUAUUCGCUCGCUUAAAUGUCCUCAUGACAUAUCUGCAGAGUUUUGGGGUCAAGCGCAAGGUCUACAUCAACCCACUCAGCAGUUUGCAUGACAAAUUCUACCGAGGCUCAUGCAGUCGGAUUUAAUCUCAGCUCAGACAGACUGGGCUCGUCCAUGGUCGAAUAUGUGAAGUCCAGGGCACCGUCGAAGGAUGUUGAGUCUGGAUCUGAGCUGUACUGGACAGCUCGAAGAUGCGACGUCCUCGUGGCCAGUUUCGACGCAACCGUCCUCCGCACAAUGGGUGUCAAAUUAGUCGAAGACCUUUGGGCCAAUGGAAUCAGCGCUGAACUUGCAGUGGAUGCUGUAUCUCUCGAAGAGUUGAUGGCCAGAUACCGAGAACACAAUCAUCGCUGGAUUGUGAUCGCCAAGCAAGAUAGCAAAGAGCGAGGCUACAAAGUGCGGAAUCUCGUCCGCAAAGAGGAAUUCGAUAUUCGCAGCUCCGAACUUGUCCCGUGGCUUCGGGCAGAGGUGCUCGCCCGCCAUCAGCGUGAGGGCACUUCUGAUCCGCGCCAGGCUCGUCAGCCUGGUCAGCAGGAUGCACUUCAAUCGAAUGAGAAGGCGAAUGAUGUUCGCAUCCUUGUUCCUCAACAUCGGAGCAAAAAGACGAACCGCAGGAAUAUCAUCGAGUCGGCUCUCCUACGCUCCCGCGAAGUCGCCGAGAACGCACGCAACGGCCCUGUCGCCGCAAUCGACACCCGUGACGACGUCCUCGACUCCAUCCGCAACACCCGCCUCUCUGACCCUGACAGCUGGCGCACAGUCAUCCAAAACGCGCCUUUAACCGAACGCAAAUAUCUCAGCCAAGUGUACGAAUUACUGAGCGACUUGGCCUCGGAGAAUCGCCUUGAUGAUAGCAGCGGAGGCUACACGAAUGCGUUUAUCUACAAUUAUCGAACGGGGUCGUGUGUGUAUUAUGAUCUUGGUCCUUGUGACAGGUGAACGAAUGAAUGAUUUAGGAUAUGACUUGUGCAGUGGAGGGGGUCUGGGGCGUUUUUUUUUCAUGUCAAUCUAUGUUUCUUGCUUAAUGGCCUGGCUUGCAUGGAUAGGGGUCAACUUCAUUGCAUUUGCAUCAUUACAUCGUGACAUCAUCUGGUGUACUUUUUAUUGUUUGUUUUUUUUAAUCAACUCUUGUCUAUGAAACCCCUCUCAACAGCUAUAUCUGCUACUUGCCCUGUUUUUAGCGAAAUGUUAAGAACUAUACCCUGUGAUGAAUCACAUUGAUAGAUCAUCUCGUGUCCCAUGAGUUUAUGGAGUAGAAUCAAUUCCAUCAAUUUCUUUGCUUCCAAGAAUAAUUGUAUGUAGGUGUAUGUCGUAGACAGAAGAAAUCUUCCCUUGUAGACUCCAGAGGUAUCGAUGCUAUUAUACAUGAAGAGAUCGCGAAUGUCAGAGUCAGGCCAAGAGCCACAAAUACGACCUGACUUCACUCGCAAAGCCUAAUCGCUCUCGUCAUCGCUUCCAUAAGCCACCAGCGGCCCACCAGAGCCUUUCGGUGCAGCCUGCGUCGUCACAUUACUUCCAGCCAUCCCCCGAAGAGCCGCCAGCGUUGCACUCGAGAAGAUGCCGCCCUGCGCUUCCGGCUCGGGCCCGGGCUGAGUCUCUGUGCCCGCCGAUCCCCCUUCCAGCAGAAGUGACUGCUCGGGUGCCUCCAGCUGACCAUUUGCUGGUGUAUCCUCGAGCUGCCGCGUGCGUGCAUGCCACACGUCAUCCGGCACAUCGUAGCCUUCCAAUCCAAAUGUGCCUUCGAUCUUCUUCCUCUUCUUAGCCUCGGGGUCGCGGCCUUCGAUCUCCGCUACGAAUGCGGCCGGGAGGGCUCUCCGGACUGCUUCCGCAGCUUGCUCUUCCAGUCUUCGUGCCUCACGCUUUUGUGACAGAGGGUUCGGGUCGACGGUGGCCCAUCUAACGUUUAGAAUUUCAUCGUGGUCCAGGCUUUGAUGUGACAUCGCUUGCAU